AUGAUAGGCGACGAAUUGGGCCUGCUUAAGCAGCGGUUUCAACAACUGCGACAUUUUGAGGAUAGUCAAUCGCAGCUCUUAGAGGAUCUGUUCACAUACAGCCAGCAGUUGGAAUCUCGGCUGCAUACAGAGACGUCCCAGCUGCGGCGAGACCUUGCCAACUGCCGCCUCGACUUAGACGAUGCCCAGAACUCACGACGCAAUUUCCAGCAACAAGUGCAGGCAUUAAACAACGAGAUUCAGCAACUUAAAAACGAAAACGACGAACAUAGGUUCCAAGACUCCUUCGUCAACGAUGGCGUUGAAGGCGGCAAGCGGGCUGCCCAUGCGCUACGCACCGCCGUCGUCGACAAAUGCGGCGACCAGGCGUCCAAGAUGGAAAUUAUCGUAAAGGUCUGGGCCAAUAAGUCCGGCCUGGCCACAGCCAUGCGCCAGGCGGGCGUCAUCUUUAGCGAGGAUCAAUUCAAGCAGUUUACCCUUGGCUUUACGCAGGCCAAAGCCUCGUUUGACUUUAUUGACGUUGGCUACGGCAAAGAACGCGCCGAUUCCAAAAUUAGAGAGGAUGCCCGGUGGCACUUGCACAAUGCCAAUUGCAAAAUGGUUGUGCUCGGCAUCUCCCAUGAUUCCGGGUACGCCCCUUUCCUAGAUGACCUCAGCAGCAACUACAAGACGCGCGACCGCCUCCGCAUUCUCGAGGGCUCGCCCACGGUGCGCGAGCUCAUUGCCACCAAUAUUGAGGUUACCAACUUGAACGAAACCGUGUUCCGGUCCGACAAACUGAUUGCCGACCGCAUCCCGAAUGCGGCUCCAGUGAACCCUAUGCCGAACGGCACCGGCCGCGCGUCGCCGGCAGCCACCAACGGCCAGACUGUAACCGCCAAACCGAACGGCGGCAUACCGAACAACGACGCUACAAAGACCAGCGUCCUGUCGCCCACCAAAUCGCCGUCGAUCAGCUACGCGAGCGCUACGACGGCCAAGCGUAGCAGCCCACCGCCGACCAUGACCUUCCCGCAGUCCACAACCAAGAGCCUGCAGGCCAAGGCGGCAAGUGCAGCGGCCACUGCGGCCGCGCAGCUCGAGAAGAACAAGCCGAGCUGGAGCCCCGGCGAGCGCGGCCUCGAUCCGCCCGUCACGUACAACCCGGUGGUUGUGGACAGCGUCAAGAAACGCAAGGGCAAGGACAAGUUCUGCAACAACUAUGUCAUUUUGGGCCAUUGCACCAAGGACUAUUGCGAAUACAAUCACAAACUUAAGGCGACGGCCGACGAGAAGAUGGCUUUGUCGUUCCUGAUGCGCCAGUCGCCCUGCAGCCAUGGCCAGGACUGCGCCAUUGAGGAGUGCAUUCACGGCCACCAUUGCCCGAGUGUGCGCGACGGAAACUGCCUGCAGCCGUACUGCCGGUUCCCGUCGGCGCUGCACCCGCCGAAAACGAAGUUUAAGCAACCGUUCCUCGGUGACGAUUAA